UCGAUGCUUGGAAUUCUGAUCCGUCCCUUUCUUUUAGCUAUAAUUGGGACGAUGAGUUCAUUGUUCCCACAGAAGAAGAGUAUUCGGAUGACGAUUCCGAACACAGUAUCGGGUAUGAUGCAAUUCAAAACGACGACUUCGCACAGAAGACACAAAAAAUUGAAGAGUCCGAGAUGGUUAUAAAAAUACCGUUAAGCAAGUUAAAAAUAACAGCCAUUGAAAAAUUAGACAAUCGGAUGAAAAAAUUACAAUUGGCGGAAUGAACCGUUAUCGCGGGAUUAUCCGCCCAGACAAUAAAAUAAAGUGUAAAUAUAGGCAUGGAGAAAUGAACAAUUUUUUAUGGCAUGUUGCUCCAAAAGGCUUAUUAAAAGUCAAAACUAAUUCUGCUUUGGAACGCUAUUAUUUUAAAAUGCAAAAGACCAAAUUACGAAUGAUAGCUGAAAAAUUAGAUAUAAUUGCGAGACGAGAAGAAAUCAAACUGAUGAGAUGGCUUGUUAAAGGCAAAAUAGAAACAUGGGACAUAAGUGAUUCUCUCGAAAACACCCCCGUUAUACGCAAUAGACUAGAGGUAGAGAGAUUAUUGGAAUUAAACAAGAAGCCGUAUAAAAAACCUUAUCAGCAUCCAUGUACAAAAAGACUUGAAAGACAGAAUUUUAAGAAUCUUACGCCGGAAGUUGAACGAUGGGGUAUAAUAUUCAGGGAAGUGAAAUUCGGAGAAAGUUUUAAUGUCGAUCAUUACCACCAUGGUAGACUUUUAAAACGAAAAAUAAAAGAACAUAAGAUAGAAACUGGACUAUACAUGCGACGAUCAAACUUCCAACUCAAAUUAAAAGAUGAAAACGCAGACGCAAUGAAAAAGAUUCCACUACAUGACUUCAAAACCCUCUUCGAAACAAGCAAUAAACUUAUGAAAGAACCCGUUUGCUGGCAUUACUAGCCCUCAAGACCGAAACGAAUGCACAUCCGGAUAUAAUAAAUUCUACAUAAUAUUUUAUUUUCUUGGUCAAGAAUACAAGGUGAUUCUUUUAUUAUAAAACACUCAUUAUUUCAAAAAGUAUUCAUGUUUUUGAAAACAUUUAUUUACAUAGUUUCAAGUUGUUAAAGAAACAACGUUUUUAUUAUAAAAUUAUAUUUUUAAAUAUUUUUUAUCCUUAUAUUUUUUUUAAGUUUUUUACUUUUUUGAAUGACAGCAUAGAGUUUUAAUUUCAUAUUCCAAAUCAGAAUAAUUUUCUAAAUAUUUGGAUACAAAAAAACCAAAUAAAGGGUGAGUAGUG